AUCGUGGUUCUCGAACAAGCAAUAGAACAGAAAUUCAGGCAUAAUAAGUAAACAGAUACUCAAACUUGGUCUUAGCUGACAAGUAAGCAUUCCAACUUUGAGAGUGCACGUCUAGACGACUCAACUUGAUCCUCUAUUUCAUCGUUCACACGAAAGGAACUCGAUAUGGGGCUUUUGGAUCUCUUAGUUGCAGCAUCAAUGCCAGUUAUUCAAAUUCUUUUGAUAACAGCACUUGGACUAGCUCUUGCAUUAGAUCGUUUCGCCAUACUAGGAGAGGAUGCAAGGAAGCAUUUGAAUAAUAUUGUGUUUUACAUAUGCAAUCCAUCUCUGAUUUCAAGCAACUUAUCCAAAACAAUUACAUACGAAAGCAUGAAACGAUUGUGGUUCAUGCCUUUGAAUAUCUUCAUCACUUUUAUUGUUGGUUCGAUUCUUGCUUGGGUUGUCAAUCAAAUAACAAAACCUCCUAAACACCUACGAGGCCUCGUUAUAGGCUGCUGUGCUGCAGGAAACAUGGGCAACAUGCUUCUCAUCAUAAUUCCAGCUGUUUGUAAGGAGAAAGGAAGCCCAUUCGGGGCGCCUGACAUUUGCCAUACAUAUGGGAUGGGCUAUGCUUCCCUUUCAAUGGCGGUAUGCGCGGUUUUUCUAUGGUCUUAUGUGUAUAAUAUAGUCAGAAUAUCAUCAAGUAAGAGCCCCGAAGAGGUUGAAGAAGUUAGCGAUUCCUCCAUAAGUAAAUCUGCCAGAGAAAGCUCCAUAGCAGAACUCGGGGUCUCUACGGAGCCACUGCUUCAGACAAAUGACUUAGCAUUAUCAGAGCACCAAUCUGAACAACUUGCAUUGCCCUCUACUAGAUUUGAUGAUAAAUCUCAGGUAUCGUUGUGGACUAAAUCUAGACAGUACAUGGGAGUGCUUUCAAAGAAGAUGAACCUGAAGAAAUUAUUAGCCCCUUCUACCUGCGGAGCGAUUGCAGGUUUUGUUGUUGGACUUAUACCUCAGAUCAGAAAUGCAGUUAUAGGUGAUGCAGCUCCUCUUCAUGUGAUUCAAGAUACAGCUUUGAUACUUGGAGAUGGAGCUGUUCCGCUUCUAACGCUGAUCAUGGGAGGUAACCUCUUAAAAGGUUUGAGGGUCUCAGUAGUUCCGAAAUCUAUUCUUGCUGGCAUUAUCGUUGUCAAAUACAUCGCGAUGCCUGUGAUUGGUAUUGGUGUUGUCAAAGGCGCCUCUUGGUUAGGCUUGGUACAUGAUGAUCCAUUGUAUAAGUUUGUUCUUUUACUUCAUUUUGCACUUCCACCAGCAAUGAACAUUGCAACCAUAACACAGUUGUUUGGAGCUGGUGAGAGUGAGUGUUCAGUGAUUAUGUUAUGGACUUAUGCAUUGGCUUCAGCAGCACUUACACUAUGGACAGCAUUCUUCAUGUGGCUUGUAUCAUGAGCACUAGGAAAAACG